AUGAAGAGAGAGAACCAUACCGCGGUGGGUGAAUUUGUUCUCCAGGGUUUUUCCAGCUUUCGUGAACACAAGAUCAUCCUCUUUGUGAUAUUUCUUACCUUGUACCUUUUAACUCUGGCUGGCAAUGUCAUCAUUGUGACAGUCAUCAGCUUUGCUCGUCACCUGCACACCCCCAUGUACUUCUUCCUUGGUGUUCUUUCCACUUCUGAGACUGUCUACACACUGGUCAUUGUACCGCGGAUGCUUUGCAGCCUCACAGGCCUGAGUCAGCCCAUCUCCUUGGCUGGCUGUGCCACCCAGAUGUUCUUCUUCAUCACCUUGGCCAUCAACAACUGCUUCCUGCUCACAGCGAUGGGGUACGACCGCUACGUGGCCAUCUGCAACCCCUUGAGGUACACGGUCAUCAUGAAUAAGAGGGCGUGUGCCCUGCUCGUAUCAGGGGCUUGCAGCAUUGGGCUGUUUGUGGCCAUAAUUCAGAUUUCCUCUGUAUUCAGACUGCCCUUUUGUGACAGAGAGGUGGCCCACUAUUUCUGUGACAUCCGCCCAGUUAUGAAACUCUCCUGUGCUGAUACCACUCUACAUGACAUAAUUAAUUUUAUCAUCAGCUCACUCGUUAUUGUGGUUCCCAUGGGCCUGGUCUUCAUCUCCUACGUCCUCAUUAUCUCCACCAUCCUCAAAAUCCCCUCCGCCCGGGGCCGGAAGAAGGCCUUUGCCACCUGCGCCUCUCACCUCACGGUGGUCGUCGUCCACUACGGCUGUGCCUCCGUCGCCUACCUCAAGCCCAAGUCGGAGAACACCAGGGAUCAGGACCAGCUGAUCUCGGUGACCUACACCGUCAUCACCCCCCUGCUGAACCCGGUGGUGUACACCCUGAGGAACAAGGAGGUCAAGGAUGCUCUUCACCGUGCUAUUCGCAAAAACCCUCUUGCUUAG